ACUAAGGCGCCCAGCCGGCGGCGCUCCGCUCACUGGCCGCGCGUCCCCGCCAGCCGAGCGUCCCCGCCGCGCCUCCUGCCAAGAGCCAAUCUCGGCCACUGCCAUCUGAAGCCCACUGCCAUCUGAAGCCAGAUCCUGACUGUGUCAGAAGAAAGGAGAAAAGGUUUCAACAGACCUCACGAAAAUGCCGUCUCAAAUGGAACAUGCCAUGGAAACCAUGAUGUUCACAUUUCACAAAUUUGCUGGGGAUAAAGGCUACCUAACAAAGGAGGACCUGAGAGUACUCAUGGAAAAGGAGUUCCCGGGAUUUUUGGAAAAUCAAAAAGACCCUCUGGCUGUGGACAAAAUAAUGAAGGACCUGGACCAGUGCCGAGAUGGGAAAGUGGGCUUCCAGAGCUUCUUUUCGCUAAUCGCUGGGCUCACCAUCGCAUGCAAUGACUAUUUUGUAGUACACAUGAAGCAGAAGGGAAAGAAGUAGGCAGCACUGAGCAAUCAUGCCGCCCUGAUAAGAAUUCUCACAAAGGGUCGCUUAAGGAAUCUGCCCCCCCCCAGCUUCCCCCUGUAUAAGGAUUUCCUGAGCAGACUGGGACCCUUAGAAAGUGUACAAAUAAAACCCAACUCUGCUUUGAGAAGCAGAGAAAGACAAGUCAAUUAAACCCAGAUAAGCUUUUGAUUUUUAUAUUGCUUGCAUCCUCUUACCCUCAAUAAACAAAUUUCCUUUUUUAGUUCUGAAUUUGAAA